AUGGAUGAUCAAGAGCUCGAUUACGGCGACGACUACGACGGACACUUUGAUGAAGAUCACCACGAAGAUGCGGACACUCAAGGAACGACAUUCCCAUCGAAGUAUGCUUCAAAAUAAUAAUUUUAAAAUCACUUUCAAUUAAUAUUCGAAUAACAAAACUAACGAAAUCUGCAGAAUGGAUAAAAAAAGACCGAUCGAAAGUAUGAGUAAUAUCGAAACGUUUAUUUUUCAACAAUUUUCUGAAUAUUUUCCACAAAAUAAAAAUUCUGUAAAGUAUAUCUCCAUUACAUUUAUCUUAAUUUCAAACCCUUUCGUUAUAAAAUUUUUGUUGAAUUGUAAAGUAUUAGUUUGUUAGUUUGGUUUUUAGUUUGUUAGUUUGGCGUCAGAAAUAUUUCACCACUACAGGCUGAAUAUUGUCAAAAUUACAAGUAUUGUUCACCUCUCCAAGAUCUGACUAUAUUUCUUCUAUUUCUAGAAACUUUUUUUCAAACGAUUUUUUACUUUAGAAUAUCAGAAAGUUUGCUACGGAAGAGUUUUGAUUAUUAAUUCAGAGAUCAAGUUCUUGUUCAAAAAAGAGAGAGUUGUAGAAAUUUCAACUUUUAAACUUUCCUUGCGGCUUCGAAAGCUGGUUUUUUUAUUGGUUUUUUUUAAACCUUGUUCUUAUCCAGUUGAGAACCGAUUCAUUAUUCAACUCAUUUUUUUACUCAAUCGGUCAUAUCAGUGUUGAGUGAAGGUCAUGAAGAAAAUUUGAAAAAAAAAAAUCACUUUUUCUGUUUUAGAGUUCUGCCUGCUCAAUUUCAGCGACGUUUCUUUGAAAAUAUGUCUUUUUGACGUUUUAUAAAACUUCGUUUUGUAAACUUGGAUUUCUGAUUGACGAUGAACCUGGUUGUUGUGGGGACUAUAUCAUGUUUGCGACUCACUGACUCCACCGUAAUUGUGGUUCUUCGAUAAAUAAUUCAACUCGAAUGAGACUUGUGUGCCCGCUCAAUAAUUUGCGCGUCUUCAGCCAUUUCUUUGUUACCUGGAGUUACGGUUGAAUACCGGGUCGCUAUCCUGUCUGCGGCCUUCUUUCCGCCAUUCAAAACUAUAAGUCACAACGCAAUUUGAAGAUGGUGUCUUCAUAAGUUUCACGGCCCAACGUAGCGAGGAGAAUCUUUUUCCAUGAAUGCGCAACGCUGUUGUAAUUUCAAAGCAAACAUGGGACGUAUCUGUAUUGUAUUUCGUCUGGUUUCUUUCUGCUUUGGCCUCGAAAUAUUCCCACGACCGUUUCACAUUUAAUAACGUAUUUUUUAAAGAGAACAAAUGAUUCGUCAUAAAUCGAAUUCAGUUUUGCUUAGUGAAAAUUUUCUCUCGAAAUUACUCUCUUCAGUUUUUCUAUUUGAGGAUAUUUUUCUUUUUGCAACUUUUCCAAAACGAUUCCGUACUUCCUCCGUAAUUGGAAAUAAACAAGGAUGAAGCUGUUCUUCAGACAACUUUUUCAGCCCUUUUCAAGGUUCGACCUGUUUCUGGAACAGAAUUUGUGGAGGUCUAGUUGAAAUGCUUGGAUGAGCAUAGUUGGAGACCCAUAGAAGGAAAUGCCGCCGGUUGGUUUUCGGGCGUGGCGAGCUGAAAGAGAGGAGGUUGGACCUCUGGCACCGCCCCCGCCGUUCGCCGUCGUCCUCUCGCUCCUCACUGUGUGUGUGUGGUGUGCGACGUGCCUUGCGCCUGCAGCACGCCGUCAAUUUCCUAUUUUGCUGCUUAUUCUUCGCUCGAUUCUCCACCUCCGACGGCCUUUGCUUGAGCUGUUUCCAACUGACGUUUUGGGAUGGAGCGUUUCAUCUGCCGGCAGGCUGUAUUCUUGCCUUUGCGUCUGCUUUUUGUUUCCCGCUCACAUCAAUGUUAUCAUUGUCCAGAUGUUGCUGAUCUGCUUGCAGCACUUAUUAAACAUUUUUGAGAGCUUUUCUUCAGCUAAUCUCUUACAAAGAGCACACUAGUACUGUGUCUCACGCGUCGCCUGAACCUUUCGUCUCAACCUCGAUUUUGAUGCGUAGGUGAGCAAAGUUUCAGGUGUGCGAGUGAACGCUAAACUUUCUCGCUCAUUUGUGAUUUUUGUUAAAGCUCAUGAUUAAUGCUUAUGUUCUGGAAAUCGCUUUUGUGUCACUCUGAAAAAAUGGAUAGAAAUAGGGGACAAGAAACAUUCAGGGAAAAUGUGUCGAUGGGCGGCAUGCGCAGCAAUUAUAUAUUGACGCGUUGGUUGCCGUGUGUGUGCCACUUGGGCGGUUCAACAUGCCGAAAGACGCAUGUUUCGACUCAUCGCGUGUGAGGGCCGCAAAGGCGAGUGGCUGCGAUUGUGGUCGUCGUCGGCCUAGAAGUCUUACUUCUACCUCUGUCUCAGUAGUUAGAAAAGUCUCAGUGACUUAGGCUGGUCUACCGCGUAAAGAGACAACUUCAACGAACAGCCAGUUUAUAAAGAAUUGGUCAUUCAAUUCUAUCAAAUUAUUUUAAAGCUUAUGUUGAGUUUCCAAACAGAAAUAUUCAUCCUUAUAAGCUUUUUGUUCAUCUACGGCUAGACUCAUGAGCGCUCGUGCUUGACUCUCAGUGACUGGCGUAGAAGUGGCGUACUAAUGAGAUGUGUCCGUAAAGAUAAUAAAAUCUUGCGCGAGCUUGUUCUCUCGAUUGCCACUGCAGGCAUGCUUUGGAAAAAAAAAACCUUUCCAGAUCGAAAGUCAGAGAAUCAUUCAAAGAUUCUACGUAUUGUAGAUCCCUGUAUUUGCUUGCUAGCUAGGAUCGAAAAUGAGGAAAACGGCUUUGAUGAAAUAGUUGCUCCAUCGGCGUUCAGAGCCUAAGUGACUAAAGGAAACUUUUUGAGGGAUGUUGGCGGCAGGAAUGGUGUGGCCAUGUUUAAUGCGCUGUGGACCAAAGAAGCAUGACGGAAAGGACGUGAGGCUCUCGCACGCAACGACACGUCACGGACACGCCUUGCAUUCAUACAUUUCCGUCGCUCGUCCAACUUCCAAUCAGCAAUAAUUGACUUUCAGACCUCGACUUGUUGCUCCGCCUCCCAAAACCUCCGUUUCCUUUAAAAAAUUAUUAAUCUAAAAUAAUUUUGUACGAAAAAAGGUUCACAGAAUCUUUUAUGAGCGCAAGUAUAUACCUAAUAAAAUGUUCUGUGAGAAAAAAAUUACUUGAAGAAAUACGAAUUCAGUAAUUGAAGUGGUACAUUAUGUACACCCAAAGAAAAAAUUCUGGAAACGAGUCAAAAAAUCGUAUUUUGUAGCAUAGGACCAUUUGAAGGACAAUCUUUUUCAAAAUAUAUAAAACAUUAAGUUCCAUGAUUUUGAAGAAUUUAGUGGUAGUGGCCAUGUGGGGUUGAAAUCGAGUUUUGUUAUAAUUCGCUUUGCAGCCACUCGACGAAGACGACGCAGAGGAAGAACGUCACACGGCCGAGGCGUUCGGCAUCGAGCCGCGCAAAAUUUUCCGAGUUAGUCCUAGAUUUGUAAUUACUGAGGCAUAGAAAAACUGCGGUUACGCGACUUCUUUGAUUUCCAGCUAGAGCAGCAGAGCAGAAAAUGCUUUCUUCUCCCUCUAUUCAAGGCUUUUUUUAGUAGUUCUCAAAGUUCACAAUUUACAACGUACCAUGAUAAAAAACUUGGACAGUUGGCGAAUCUUUUUUUGCGAAGUUUUGAUGGAUUUCGUUAUAUUGAUUUGUGAGGAGAUUAAAAAAAAGGUGAAUGCGAAAUACGAACAAGAUUUUUUUGUAUUUUUGAGUGAAUAAAUGAAUGCCGGUUCGACGAAAAAGUUGUAUAUUCAUAAUUAUUCUGUAAUGUAUAUUCAAUAUCAAAAAAAAUAUUGUUGAUUUUUUCGACUAUGAGUCAUGGGAAGCUCGAGAACUGAAAAAAAUGGAAAAAUAGUUCUAAUCUAAUCGAUCAGUUGAGUUGAUUUUCGAAAAAAAUUUCAUUUUUCAACAAUGACUCAGCUCAUUUUUCCCUUUCUAGAAACCAUGGAAAAGCUGUCCAAAAGGAUUGACAUUUUGAAGUCGUCGUUUAUGGAGUGAAUUGAAAAUAUUGAGCAUCAUUUUGGUUCUCCCAAUUUAUGUUGUUUUUUUUCCUUUCGGAUAGAGUGAUCACUUUGAGGAUAACGAUCCUAAAAUAUUUUACCCUUCCGGCUUUUUCAAAAUAAUAGAAACGUAGAGACAUUUAAUCCUCGUAGUUAGUUUUUUUUUUUCCUGAAGCCUCUGAUUGACUGAAAAGCCGUUAAGUUAGACGGGGAAAGUAUGAUUUCGGUCAAAACGCUGGCCGGGGACGUUUCGCGGUGUGGGAAAUUAGUCUAGAUCACGCCUUGUAAUUAUUUUUGGCGCCUCGCGUCGUGCUCUUAAACCACUUCUCCUUUUCGAAAUUUUGUACUACCAUUGCAAAAAUCUUUUUUGGAGAAUUCAGAUUUUUGGCAGAGCAGGAGUAAUUAGAAAAGGAAGAUAACACUAGACAUUUUUGGAUUUUUUUAGUGGAAAUGAGUUUUUUUAGGGAAGACCAGGAAGUUUCCUAGGUUGGCAACCAGUUUCAUUGGAGAUAUUUUUGAGUCUCUGAUGAAACGGCUUACCUUCUGGCGAUCAAUUGCGAGAAAACCUUUUUUUAAGAAAAAAACAAAACGUGAUGAAUGAUAAUUAAAAAUUAAAAAUAAGACGUUUUUUUACAGCAUCACGUCUAUCAAGUCUUUUUCUGCUUGCUCGCAUAUGGGAUAUCCCAGAGCUGCUGACAAAACAGGGGCGUCCCCCUCACACUGUCACAAUAUCUCUUCACAGUUUCUCAAUAUUAUGAAUAAAAAUUUUGUUUUCUUCCACUUUUAGAUUCUUCAUUAGCCGUUUUUCUGCGGAUUCUUUCACUUAAACUUCAUUUCAACUUAUAUACUCAGCGGGGCCACUGCUGGAGAUAACGGGGCGCCCCGUCAGCAGCUCUGGGAUGUUUUUUUUGCUGUCCACCGAAAUUUAAAACAAAACUCUUUAUUUCUCCUCCUGGACGCUCAAAUAUGAAGACUCUACUUGGUAUGAUCUUUUUUCAUGAAUUAAAGCGUUGCGGUCGUUAUUAGGAACAAUCUUGUGCUCAUGAAACGCAUGAGAUCUGACUAACGAUCAGACACCUAUGAUUUCCGGUGUCGACGGCUGAAGUGGCCGCCUUGCGGAAGGAGCUCGGUGCAACGGGAGGAGACACCUACCUGCGAGCGGUGUACGUGAAAGGCGUCGAUGGCAUGCAGGACUAUCAAAUCGAGAGGUUUCGACGCUCUUCGUCGUCGAUGAACCUUCUACUUCAGAAUGUUCUCAACCUUUCACAACGCAGAACUCGAUCGACUUGACGAUACCUCCGCACUUGUACAUUUCAUGACGCGACACGACGCCGCCGCUGUUUGUUUUUCCCUCCUCGUGGGAGUUUUUUUUUAUGAAAUCGUCAGAGAUUUUUUUUUUCCCACGAUGGUAUUGAUCAAUAUUAUUUUUUCUUCAAUCAAAUUAUGUUGUGCGAAGCCCAAAAUGGGAUUUUGCCGAAAGUAUUUUUUUCUAUACUUGUUUAUUGAUUUUCUGUUCAGAUGCUUCUGAACAUGACGAAAGCAUUGCGACGGGUGCGAGCCAAAAAACGUGCCGAUGAAGAAGGCGAAGUAAUUUCAGAGGGCGAAGAAGAGGAAGGCCAAAUAAUGAGCGAAAGAGGCGACGACGUAGCAGUUGUCGACGAUGACAGUUCGUUUUCUGAUUUUUUAUAUCUUGUACGGACUCGCCGCGGUUUCGCCCAGCAGCCUCGCUGUCGGGGUUGACUCAGCUGGCACAGCUCAGCGACGGAGCGACCAGUUCACCGACAUUUAUGUCGAUCCUUUGUUUGUUUAUACUGAUGCGUGAGCAGAAUGCAUCGGUGUACUCGUUACGAGGGCAGUUCGAGUUUUGGUUCGAAAGUCUGAACAGAAAUGAAGUCUUUGUUCAUCGUUUAAAUCCAUGGGCAUAGUUUGAAAAGUUUUGAAAUUCGUAAAAAAAACCAUAUCAAAAAGAAGUUUGGAGUACUGUGUUCCCAGAGAAAAUCAAAAAUCUCUUUUUUUUUUUCGUUAAUGAGUCUAUCUAUCGGUUUUUCUAUUUUUGAAGUGCUUUUCACAUUUUUUUUACACUGGUUUGUAAAAGUCCAUAAUAUAAAAUAACUAGAAAUAUAUUUCAAAGGCCUUCUCCAGUUACUCCCUCGUAGGCAUUUCGGGAGACAGUUAUUAGGGAAUAAUUUCCAAAACUUUUUUUUUGCAAUAACUGUGCUUUCUCAUCAUAGAUAAGAAUGUAUGGGCUUUUUUGUAAAAAAAGGCAACUAUAAAGGUUAUGUUGCUAGGAAAUAUCUAUUGUUUAGGCGGGACGUUCGCCAUUUUCCGUCUAAACAAAUUUUUGGCCGUUUUACUGUGUUUCGUUUACUUCUCGUCGUUUCUCCAUAAACACAAGCACACAAAAAGGGUAAAAUUAGACUGCAAAAGUUGAAGUAAAAAUCGAUCUUGGUUCAGAUUCUUUGAGCUUGAUUAAAGAUAAGUUUAAGGAAUUUUAAACAUUUCUCCUUUCAACUUUGGCUUGUUAGUAACUUUUUAUAAUAUUGUAUUAGAUCCAAAAACGGAUAAGUUGAAGAAAAAGUAACCUAAUGAUAUCAUUGACGCUUCUGCUCUGCUGUGAAGAGCGAAGUAACCUACACCGCACAGGAACGUCCCAUCGGGUAGGUAAUCGAUGCUCAAAGAAUUCGCGGACAAUGGACUCGAGGCGACCGAAAUUGCGGAGCACGUCGCCUAGUGCACACAGCGCUCGUCGGGGCGGUUGUCGAACAAAGCACAUUUUAUUUGGAUACAACUCUCUUCUCGCCUUACAUAAAGACCACUCAUCCUUGUGUAUACAUUGGAAUCUCAUCUCCUGUCCGUCGUCUCUCUUGCGAUUGAGUAGUAAAUCCUCGAGUGCACGUACAUAUUCACCGGGGCUUGGACUUUCGGCCAUUUAUAGUCACAAGGAAAGCUUGUAAUUUGUCUUAUGAAACAACGAAAAGUCUGCCUCCCGCAAGUUUUACGUUUACAAUUUUCUGAAUGAGGAGCAUACUAGUCUAAGCCUGUAAGACAGAAAAAAAGUUGGUGAGAAAAGUUUGAAUGCUGCCUGCACUGGAAUAAGUUUUUCAAAUUUCAUCUAAAAGGUUGACCCACAAAGUCAUGGAAAGGAGAGAAAAGUGCUGACGUUUUCAGUGUAACGACCUGAGAGAAGAGUAUUCCAGAAACUAGCGCCGAAAUUGGCCUGCCUUUGCAGGCGGGGACCAUUUUGCGCUCACGAAGGCUUUGGUCUUAGAUGAAAUAACCGUGUGAAUAUCGGAGGAUAAUCAGUCGCGUCUACAAAUACGAUGCGUCCAGUAUUAUCGACUAAUCGAUUUGCAUAACGGAUUGAGUCGAACGAAAUGGUACAAGAAUUUCUUUGCUUGUUCUGACACCUCCUGAACGAGGGCGUAGUUCUUUCCUGUGUUGAAUACAAUAAGGUUCUUUAUUGAUGGGACGAGAAGAAAGUUGCAGUUCAGCUCGUUUCAGUCUCAACUUUUUUUCGCGCUCUUUACAGAAUUCGCCAACUUGAACUGAGAAGCUCUUUCUUGAGUUUUAAACAGUUAUCAAGUUCGUAGUCUCGAAAUUAAGAUCGACCGCCGCGCGAAGUGUCCAAGGAGUUCGUGACAGUAGACGUGGACGUGGUUGAUGUGCCCCAUGGACGUUGGCGCGUCAUUACCCAGCACGUCGCCCAGCAACGCUUCCUCAUCGUCCGUUAUGCAACCACAAAUCAAGUUGAAGUACUUUUUUCCGCACCUUUGUCAAUACUUCAUCUUCUCGCGUUUCAGGCGGCACGCAAAAAACGCAUCAAUAAAAUUGAUGAAUCGUUGGCGAAGAAACGGAAAGUCAUCGACAACGGUUGAUAAACGGAUCCUGAUUUCUGUUACUAAGAAUAUUAGGUUUCUGGACGAGCGGAGACCGCGUGCGUCCAGGCCUCAACAUCUUCGACAAGGACGGAAACGAGCUAGAAUGGGACUAUGAGCACGACACCAGGUCAAAAAACAACUAUCGACUUUUAAAGAUUGAAAAAUGUGUCGAGUUUAUUCUUGGUUUUUUUCAUCCUCCUUUGAGUAUUUCGUUCUGAAAUCUGACAAGAAGGUUAUACCUCUCCUUUCUAUCAAAUGUUCAUUGAAAAAAUACAUGAUACGUUUUCCAACAGCUUGAUAAGAAAGAAGCAAAGACGUGGAAAACUCUUUCUCGCACAUUUUUUUUUAAUUGUGUAAAGAUUUUUGUUUUGCUUAUUGUUUAAAGAUUCUCAUGAAACUAUGUCUCAGUCUCUCAGUUCAGUGAUGGAUCAUCUGAAUAAUCAUUUUUCGCUCUUUUUUCAGAUUUUUUGACGACAGCGAAAAAAGAGGAGCCCGAAAAUCUCUAGAAAAGAAAGAAGACAAGUUUGAGAUGCCAAAAACGGUUAAGGUUCGAGUAAGUACAAUAGCCUGCCAGUAAACACCUGUUAAAAUCGAAUUAAGGGCCGAGGAGCGGUAAAAAGCGGCUUUUUAUACGGUGCAGAUGACUCGACAUCCUUGACAAGCGAUGAGUCGAAAGAAAUGUGAGUUCAGUUUUUAUUAACAGUUUUAAUGGAAAUUUUGCAAGAGGUAUAUUUCAGAAAGCGCCGUCGAAAACAGGAAGAAGAAACAAAAUACACAAAGGUAACAUAACAGUUGCAAGGACUUCUUAACAACCCGGGCUUCAGGACGACGUGCUCUCAAGAGUCGCCGGCAGUCGUCUGGAAGGCCGAAUCUCUUUCAAUUGA